CAGUUUUAUAAAGUUGCAAAUAUUUAAUUUGGUAUUUACCCCUAUUCUUCUGCUGAUUUCCAAUAUUUUGCUAUUCUUUUUUUAUACAUAUUAUCAAAUAAACUUAAAUUAUGUCUUCUGAGCUAAACUAUCAAAAAGUUAAACAAAGGAAGCCAAUUCGCACAUAUAAUUCCUUUGAGGCCAAUCAAUCGGCAGAUAUAGAUGAUGAAUGGAAUACUUUUGAGGAAGAGCAACAUGAUAGUUCAAUGGAACUUACAAGUGAUGAAUUAUCAUCACAGUCGCUCUAUGAACCGGAAAGUUCCAAACCAUAUAAUAGGAAUAACGUGAGUUCCACUAGUACAUUAAAAGGCAGUCCUUAUAUAAAUUUAAGCAGCAAGGAUGUUCAUAGAGCGCAAAGCGCUUGUGUAGAUAAAAAAUCGAAUAGUAAAUGUGGAAGAACAGUAUUGUUAAUCAUUCUAAUUUUAAUAAUCGCCGUCUGGGUUUAUGCAUCCAAAAGUGAGGAAAAGAAAUGUUCCUUUGAAACGUUGCGUCAAAAAUAUACAGAUCAGGAUUCCAAAAUUUGGCAUAUUCUUUCCAGUGGUGUAAACAAUAUUUUAAGAGACCGCACUAAAAACCCGGGAGUGUAUCUUUUUUUACACAAUGAUGGCAGUAAAUUGAAAAGUAUUGUUAGAGAAAUUGCCACACAGACAUCCAACUGUUUUGGUGGUCGAUCUCAAUUAGUCGAAAUGAAUGAACAUGAUUUUACAUCGCCGAACGCAAUGGAAGACUAUGGAUAUGCUAUAAUGAAGUUCAGAGAAAAAAUUCAAAAAGGGCGCGUUGCGCUGAUCGUUAAUUUGAACGAUAUACCCGCAGAAUCUGCGCGUGCCUUACACACUAUAUGUGAUACAUAUAGUCCGGUGGCUGAAGAUAUAGUUAUCUACCUGACUUUGGUUAUACAGUCACAAAGUGGAAAUAACAUAAAUAUUGCACGGGAGACUUUGAACAACCUCUGGGGUUCAAAGCUGAAAUAUAAUGAACUGGAGCCCUUAGUAACCCGCGUCACGGAUCAAAUUAUAACGUUACAUUAGUUGAAAUCAACUAAUUUGUAUGCUGGAAAUAUUGUAUUACUAAUUCGUAAAUGUAAACGUUGUUGAAAAACUAAACGUAUAUAAUAAACAUUCGAAAUUGCGUUAUACAUACAAAUAUACAUUUGGGAGCAAAAUUGAGUGCUUGUUUACGUAACUGACUUUCGUCACCCAAAAGAGCAAAAACACACAAGCAAAAUAUUUUUAUUAUUUAAUUCGUAAGAAAUUCUAGUAAAGAAACACUGACGAAUCAGUUCAAUUCGAAGAGUUUAAAAGAAAAAACCAAGCCAUAAACUAAAUCAAUUUGAAUAUUUUUUUUUCAAAGACCUUUAUUAGAAAUGAUUUCUUUUACGCAGUCUCGCAUGUUAUCUACCAAAUUUCCAAUAAUGUCUUCCUGAAUUCGACUUCACUCUGCUGUUACAUGAUACUAAGAGGUUGCACACGGAUUGAGAUCGGGACUUUGUGCUGGCUACUCAAUUCUGCUCGUCACUGUACGUGUACAAAAAUUGCUCUCACUUUAAGUAGUAAAGUUUGUGCUUGAAAGCUGAAAUGAAUAGGUUGAAAUUGUUAUAAAGGAUUUUUCAAUAAGAGCGCUAUACAAGUUUUUUUUUAAUAAAAAAGUUUGGGAUAUCAAUGAAAUUUAUUCCUGUGAAACAUUCGCUACCAUUACGUAUGGAACUCGAUUUCAAAAAUACGGCCCAAUGACGUCGCCGUCCCAUAAACCGCAUCAAAACGUAUUUUUUUUCGCUAUGCAAUAGUGACUCAUGGAUUACGUGUGGAUUGCUGCCUGACCAAUAACACAUAUUUUGCUUAUUGACGAAGCCAUUGAAGAAGGUAAAAAUACGGAUAAUUUUGAAGUGGUUGCUCAGCCCAAUUCACGAACAUACGACAAUUCUGGUGGUCAAACGGCUUCAGUUCUUGCGACAUUUUGAUCCUGUAAGGAUAUAUGCCAAGAUUUCUUUUCAAAAUUCGGCAGAACGACGCCACAGAGAUGCCCAACGCUUAUGAACGAAGUGUGAGAGACUGAAUUGGGUCUUCCUCAAUUGAUGCGCUAACGGCAACAAUAUUCUCUCUUGGUCUCACUGGCACGGGAACAUUGUGCUUAAUAAUUAAUGUACUGUGUCCGUGAAUUCAAAAUUUUCCACUAGACGCACAGUUGGUGAUCUGACAGGACGAUUAUGACGACCAUAAAUUGGACGUAGCGCUCUUAAAUGAAAUGGCAAACCUUACUAAAAAGAAAUGUCAAAAGAGUCUACUUUUGUAGUCCCCCUCCCUUUUGGACAAACUAUACCACAGAUAUCCCUGCUCUAUACUUUUACCCAAUUUUCCAUCGUACUCAGAAUAAAAAAUACGAUUUAAAAAUGUAAGUUGCUAAUAAGAUUUAUUUAGGGUUUUACAAUUUUUUUGUAUAUUUUUUCCAAAAACAAAUUAAUUACGUAUGUAUGCGUUUUUAUGCUGCCUGUGGACAUUUAGUGUAUAAUUAUGAUUCAAGAGUAUGUAAGAACACUGCGAAAAUUGUAAGGUUACGUUCUACUGAACCGUAUGAAGAUGAAAACUUUUCAAAAAUAUGUGAUCAUUAUAUUGUUACAAUAACAAAUCAA